GUGACUGUUGAGAGCUUUUCUUAUUAUAGUCUAGCUUCUUUACAUGAGUUUGAAAUCUGAUUGAAUUGCAAAUUAUAUUAGUAACUAUGGAAUAUAUGAAGAGUUUGGGGUCUUCUGUCAUUGAAAUAAUCAAAGCCAAGAAUAAGCGUGAAAUGUUGGAGCAAAAAAUGGACGACCUACUGAGUCAUCAGAGACAAUUUGUCGAAAAUAAUCGUCGGUCCUUAGAACAGAAAAUAAAAGAAAAGGAAAAGGAAGUAUUUUGUCAGCUACAUGACUUACUGGGAGGGGAUCUCCCGUGCGACCAGAUAAACAGGGACUUGCAGCAAGCCAACGACGCUCUACGAGCAGAACUCGACAAAGUAGGAUUUUUAAUAUCUGAACUAUUCAAAUGGAUGUGGUGA